AUGGACGAGCAGACGUUCCGCCUGAUGGCGACUCGACUGCCUCUCGAGCUCGUGUACAAGAUCUACGGCGGCCUGACUCUACCAAAGACCCUGGAUCUCGUGGUCAGCAACUCGAUCCCGUCGUCCGAGCAGGAUCGCAUCCAGUGCACGAACGCCGAAGCCUGGCAGGGACCGAUCUCCAUGCUCACAACUUUCCCUGGUCUUGUUCCCAUGGUCCGCGCCGACAUCUCGACCGACAUCCAAGCACCUCAUCGCGAUGAUGCACACAGCUUGAAUCUUCGCAUUGAGCAAAUAGUACCCACCCGCGGCUGGUGCAUGAUCAAGCAUUCUUCCCGCACGACUGUACCUCACGACCUCCUCGACUUGAUCCUCUCCCGCUUCUCCCGAAUCAAGGUCCACCUGCUCUACAGCACGGAUCCGGAGCGUUAUUCCCGCGGACGCCUUGGCGGCACCUUGACCUUCACAUACCAGCGCUCCUCAAGCGACGUUUGGUAUUUCCCCGACAUCUCGCAGCAGGGACAUUCCUACUACAACAACAACUUCAUCUUACCGUUUCGCAGCAGCAAAAUUGAGAAGCGUGUUGCCAGAGCUGUUGAGAAAUCGGGGAAGCAUGCUAAACGAGAUUCCAUGGGGUUCUUGCCUGCCGGCUCGGCUUUCCACCAGUUGGAGAGGGCGGUCGGGCACGUCGAAGAGUGGGAAGAAGAUCAACGGAGGGCUGAGCUUGCGUGGCAGAAGAUGUGCAAGGUGCUGUUUGAGGUUGCGCUCCUGGGUCUGUUUGUGAUGGUGGUCUCCGGGAUCUCUAUGGCUGUGGCGGAGAGUGAGCAUGCAGGCAUUCGCGGGAGGCGUUGA